CUCCAAUGAGCAAAUACUUCGAGGGGAACGACCGUUCCUGCCUCUCCCCUUCCAAGGUUUGCACAACUUCCCAUCAUGCCUCGGGGUCCCAAGUAGUUUCAGCCAUGGCAGGAGGACGCGAUAGGGUGGGAUAUUUGCUGAAGCAAUUGCAACGGGCAUCGUAAGUGUUUUGCUCCUUCCCCUGUUCCUCGCGUGACAGCGCCUAAUAAAGCCAUCUUGCUUCCCACAAAGUUGUAAUCAGCUGGAGAAGCUCAGCCCCUUUGCAGCCUUACAAAAGCAUAACGAGGGUUUGAGGAAUCUGCAGGUUCUAAAGUCGUGGAAACGGGUGAAUUUUAAGAAACAUGCCCCACCUUAUAUUUGGAAGUCGUCCACUAACGUGGCCAUUUCUGCUUUCCUUUUUGCUGAGUGAAAGGGAGAGCAGAAAGCUAGAGGUUUGUUGUUGUUGUUUCAAACACCUGCUUGUUUCAAAAGAGUACUUAGAGAUGACCAAAUUGGACUUUGGUGUUUGCUGAAACUUUGUAGCAGCUUUGGACAGAAAAACGAAACAAAACUACAGACCUAGUAGGAGUUCAUUAUAAAAAUAUAUUAUUGCUAGUUGGGCAUACCAUUGCUUCUGAUGAGCUUUUCCUUGGAAGGAGAUCCAUAGGUUUAUAAUAGGAAUUUUCUAUUAUACAACUUGAGCAUAUAAAAUUCUGCAUUAUGUGGAGGAAAUGGAUAGAGUUUCUUCCUCUCUCAAAAAUGCAAAAGUUUGGGCUGUCCCAUGAAAAUGACCGGUAGCAGAUUCAGGACAGAUAAAAGAAAGUACCUCCUUACAAAACUGAUAAAUGGAUAUUGCUGCCACUAACUGGAAAUGCAUACAAAUUAAGACCCAAACAAAAUGUUUCCUGGGAGAUGUUAUGAAAGACUCUAGGUAAUCAAAAAUAUUUUUUAUCCCAUUCAAUCACAUUGAAAUUUCAAAAUAUCUGUUUACAAAGUCCCAAAAUAAAUUUACUUAUAUAUGGACUCUUGUGCUCCCAAAUCUGCAUCCUUCUCCACAUUCCUUCCUUCUCACACACCAGAUCCCUCUUCCCUUUCCUGGCUUCUGUCACCAUAGGUAAAGGUAAAGGGACCCCUGACCAUCAGGUCCAGUCAUGGCCGACUCUGGGGUUGCGACGCUCAUCUCGCUUUGUUGGCUGAGGGAGCCGGCGUACAGCUUCCGGGUCAUGUGGCCAGCAUGACUAAGCCGCUUCUGGCGAACCAGAGCAGCACACGGAAACGCCGUUUACCUUCCCGCCGGAGCGGUACCUAUUUAUCUACUUGCACUUUGACGUGCUUUUGAACUGCUAGGUUGGCAGGAGCUGGGACCAAGCAACGGGAGCUCACUUCUGAUCAGCAAGUCCUAGGCUCAGUGGUUUAACCCCCAGCGCCACCCGAGUCCCUCCUCUGUCACCAUAGUUCGCCUCUAAACUAUGGUGUACUAGGAGGUGGAUUUGAAAAUCAUGAUUUGGAACCAUUUCUGGUUAGUGCUAAAAAUAGCUUUGCCUAACUUUGAGAUCCAGCAGAUAAUACCUAGACAAAAUAGAAAAGGCAAGAGGAAGUCUGUUCUGUUCCUAGUUUUCUGAAACAUGAUUUAGAGAAUAGCCAAUGUGAUGUUUGAAUGGAGCAAAGCUGUUGCUGAAGAUGAAUAAAACUAAAGCAGAAAAGAUCAUAGCUUAGUGACAGAGCACAAUGCUUUGCAUGAAAAUGGCCCCAUGUUCAGUCUCUGGAAUCUCCUGAGACUAUGGAGAGCCUCUGCCAGUCAGAGUAGGCAGUACUGGGUAAGAUGCAGAAAUAGGGUUGCCGGAUAUGAGACAACUUCCUUUGCUCCUAUGAAUAGGAUACACUUCCUUCCACUGAGUAAACUGGCAUAGCAUCAGGCUGCACUGCUGAAUCCCUAUCAUAUUUGCUAGAAUGUAGCUUAUGCUGAACUCGGGUGUACUCAUUUUUAAGUAAAUAUGUAUAAGGUCAGGCCAAAUCAUAAGGACUAUUUUACUUGGGCAUAAAUUCCACAUGAACCCUAGUGGUGGUUAGGACUGGGUCUAAAAUAACAGUGAAACCUACUCUGGGUCUCGGAGUAGGGUGCUCAGAAGGAAUCCACAAUAAAUACAACAAUUUAUUGAUUCUGUGUUAAUUGGACGAGACAAGAAGUAAAAUAGAAAUGUUGUUCUGAGCAAAGAAGCAUUCAUCCAUGAGCUUUAGAAAUAACAAGAGGUAGAGAAUCUUACUUUACAGUUGGCAUUCCUAAAUGGGCAUGCUCUAUUUAUAGGUUUAAGUUGUCUUCAAAUUAUAUUGGAGCUUUGUACAAACUUUUGUAAACAGGUUUAACGGGUGAGCUUUCCAGUAAGAAAAAGUACCACCACUUUGAGACACUAGAUGGCAGGAUACAUUUGCAAGAGAAACAGUGCAAUAUUAACAAAUUCAUUAUAUUAAUAUAUUAGUUACUUAUAUGAUGCACACACUGUGCACUCAUGCAUACAUGGGUUGCACAUAUCUGAUUUUUCUGUGCAUGUCGAUCCACACAUGGGCACUUUCAAUUCAACUUUGAUCUCUGUGUUUUCCAUUUACACCGGUGGAUUGUGCUUGAUGGGAUGGGAUGUGUUCACACUGUGUCUUAUUAUCCCCUGCCCUCAGAACUUCCACACCCUCCUUGAGUUCCAGAAACCCGUGGGCAUUUGUUUACCUGUGUAGUUUUGGGGUUUAGAUGCAAGUUUUCUGAUAUACCAGACUUGUACAAAGUAGUGAUUUAAAAAAUAUAUGAUGUGCACCAGCAUCCCAGUAAGGAGUGCUUUGCUACUGGAGAUAGGAUGUGUGAUGCUAGAUGGCAUCAUCCAGCAAAAUGUCAUGACACAGUUAAAAAGAAACCCCACGCAAUGUGCUUCAAUGCAUCCACAACCGGGUAACAUGUAAUUUUAUGUUGGACUUUUUUGUACUUAUCACAUUAUUCCCAGAUAAUGAAAUUCAGAAACAUUGGGAUAAAAUGUGUGAAAAGUGUAUGUUCCCACUUGGAUGAGGACAGAUUAAACACACACACACACACACACACACACACACACACACGAUGCAUCCAUCCACUUUGAACUGCCAUGUGUAAACAGCCAAUGAACUCCUUACUUUUCCAGUGCUUUGUUACACAAAUAAUUUCCCCUCUUUCCUUUCAUUAGAUGUAUGUGUCCUGCCCAUUCCCACACAUAUACUCAAGGUAAGGCUCUAUUUAUUUUGUGUCUUUAUGUCAAUUAUUCCAGUUCCCAUUAAACAGUCAUUAGGACGCAAACUAGAUCAACAAUACCUCUCAAGAGAAAACUAGUUUAGUGGUAAUUAGAUACAAAAUAGCCAGCCAAAAACCCCAAAUAUAUGUGCAUAGUAGUGAUCCAGUCCGCAGUAUUUGCUAAGUGUCUUCCGGGUCGCCCCAGCUGUCAUCACUGAGGGGGUGACAUUCGGCGCGCCGCCUGCCCGCGACUCCCAAGCCAUUGGGUUAAGGGGGGGCGCUGCCCUGCUUUUCCAGCGGCAUUCCCCCCUCCCCAUUUGUUUUGACAGGUUGGGGGAGGCUUGGAAGUCACGGGUGGGCGGCACGCCAAAUGUCUGCCCUGGGCAGCUCGCUCCGCUAUUGGCUGCAGGGUGUGCGUGCCGCUCUGGGCACCUGAGUGGCUAUCCCGCACCUGGGAGGGCACCCUCCAUGCCAUGUCCCCCUCAGGAGUGCAUCCACCCUGGGUUGUUUAAAGGGGUAUGAUACUGCUUUAAAAGUACAAUGUAGAUGGGACCUGAGUCUUAAAUGAGUUAGAAUUUUGUAGUCUCAGUGCACCCAAUCCCAUGCCAAUGGUGAAGUGUAAGGAGGUGUGGCCCUGAUAAGUGCACAAAUGGGAGAUCAUUAGGAGCUGUUUGUGAAUUGCUCUGAGUUUUCUAUGGAUGAACAGAACAUACGCCAUCUACUAACACUUGUUUAAGAUUUGUGCUGUGGAAUUAAGCAGAAUUGAACAUGAUUUACAAAGUAAACAUUGCAGGUUAUGGAAGAAUCCACAUGUAUAUUGCUAUUCUGUUGCCUUGUUGUUUUUGUUGCCAUUAAGCAUGCCACUUGGAAUAUUUUAAUAGAAAAGCAGCUUUUUUAAUCGCAAAAUUAUAAACAUUCUUUGACAGCGGUGAGAUUGUAAAGGCGUGACUUUACUGUGACUCCUCCUAAAGAAACAUUCUAUGCUUCAUAAGUAUAUCUAGUCCAAGGGAAACAAUAUAGUUUUCCAAGCUCAAUAAAGCCUUUAACGAAAGCUUUGCUCUGCCAAAUAAUAAAGCAGCAGGAGAUCUAUCAUACCAUCAAAACAAAAUAGUGUAAGUGGCUUGGACAUGUCUUCGGGAUGUCAAAUUAAUUACGAAAACGACAACAGACUCAGACAUUAGGGGAAAUCAACCAUGAACAGGGCUGGUGAAAGAUGGUAGGAAAAGUAGCCAAGGGUAGCAGACGUAAGCAUGAAUAGGGAGCACAAAAAGGAUUUUUAAUAUAUUUAUGGGUUUAAUUAUUUGGGUCACCACUCCAGUGCACCCCAAAGUAUCUGUAGGCUCAUUAUCAUUGCUUCACUCAUUGGCCAUGAAUUCAAACACUAAAUAUUUAAUUCAGCUACCAGACAGAAGGAGUGGUUUGUUCUUUGACUGGGGUAAGAAGGGCAAGAUUUGACUUUUUGUAUGUGGUGGGGGUUCUCCAUCUUUCUGUGUCUCUCUGCCUCUCCUUGUGCAUCCCACUGUGGAAGAAGCUAGUGACCGUGUAGUUUGUUUUUCUAUGAAAUUUGAAAGGAUAGUUCUGAGAAGAAAUUAAAAGAUUAAAGUGAAAGUCUAGAACUUCUACGCAAGAGACAUUGUAAGAAUUCCCAGCAACAAUGGCUGUGCUGCUCCCACAGAAUGAGACUCACAAAGGUGAGAUGAUAUUUUUUAUUGGGCCAGCAGGCCUCUGAAAUCCUGGAAGGAAGUAUCUAAACUAAGUAUCCUUCAUCAGACAGGUGUUACUAGCAAAAAAAUAAUAAAGCAAAGCGUGUAAGAGAUAUGAUCUACUUUUUAUAACAAGGACAAGUUGGAAGGUUUUGAGGAGAGACUGCAUUAGCUGGAUUGCAGAGAAUUUUGUCUUUCUGGAGACUUAUUUUUCUUACAGAUUUCCCCAGUGGUGAAGUAGUAAUAUCCUUUGCCCAUAUUUCCUCCCUUUGUUUGAGCUCAGUUUCUUUUUAACAACAACAACAACAUUAAAUUUUGUGAGACACAGACAGAUGUUACUUGCAAGGUCAGGAAUACAGUUUCCAAACUGCUAAGAUCAAGCAAAAGGCAUAUUAUUGGUAUGAUUUGAUACCUGGCAACACCUCACUGUUAUCUUCUUUUUAAAAAUUCAGAGCUGCUAGAGGGAUUCUAGUUGAAAAUGUUUAUGAAGGGCAGAUUUAUACAUGGUAGCUGGCUGUAUAUAAUCACCUCAGGAAGAUGUGGGGCUGUGCCUGGCUCGUGGCCAAGCUGUGCUCAUAUGGAAGUGCCUUUUGUGUGAAUUGUGGCCUCUGUGUGGGUGCUAUACAUGUGGCUGCCACUGUUUUCAUGUCAGUAAUGUCAUGUUUUGAAGCGAGCAAGUACAUAUUAAUGGUGAACACUAAAAAAAAGAAAAAUCCCAAAGAUGACACAUUAACACAGGCAUCCCCAAACUCAGCCCCCCAGAUGUUUUGGGACUACAGCUCCCAUCAUCCCUAGCUAACAGGACCAGUGGUCAGGGAUGAUGGGAAUUGUAAUCCCAAAACAUCUGAAGGGCCGAGUUUGGGUGUGCCUGCAUUAACAUCUUGGGGUUUACAAUUCAAAAGAAAAAAAAUAUAUCCAUUUAAUAGGAGCUUUUUUAAAACAUAAGCAAAGAUGUGUCUUCCUGUGCUGUGCCUGGGCUUGCUAACUUUGAUGUAUAAUUUCUUUUCCAGGUAUUGAACAUGCUGCUACGGGGAAAACAGACUAUGCUUUUGAGGUAAACUUAACUAAGUUUGACAACUAUAUUUGAAACAAUACAGUGGUACCUUGGGUCUCGAAUUUAAUCCGUUCGGGGAGUCCAUUCGACUCCCGAAACCAUUCAGAAACCAAGGCGCGGCUUUCAAUUGGCUGCAGGAGCUUCCUGCUCUCAAGCGGAAGCUGCAUUGGACGCUCGGUUUCCAAAAAACAUUCUCAAACCACAACACUUACUUCUGGGUUUGUGGUAUUUGGGAGCUGAUUUGUUCGACAACUGAGCUGUUCGAGAACCAAGGUGCCACUGUAUUGUGCUCAUUUUAAAUCCACUAUUUCUUGAAUAUAUAAUACACAUUGGUUAUUUUAAAACAUGAGUUUUGUAGGCUCCAUACAACCUCUUUUCUGAAAUGUAUUAUAUCUUGGCUUUUGCAGAUGGCUGUUUCUAGUAUCCGAUAUGGAGAAGGAGUUACUAAAGAACUAGGCAUGGUAAGCCAUUAAUUACAUAUUAUCACUAGGACUGUUAUUUGAUUUUUUUAAUUAAAAAAUAGCAUUUAUAAAUAAUUGUGCGUUUUAGCUACCGUAUUUUUCACCCUAUAAGACGCACUUUUUCCCCUCCAAAAAUGAAGGGGAAAUGUGUGUGCGUCUUAUGGGGCGAAUGCAGGCUCCUGGCUUCAGCGGAAGCAAUGCAAAGCCUCUGGAGCACAGGCUUCGCGUUGGCUUCAGCAUAGCAACGCGAAGCCUGUGCUCCAGAGGCUUUGCAUUGCUUCCGCUGAAGCCAGGAGAGUCUGCUCUUUGAGGCUGGCGGUGGGGGAAAGCAGCGCUUCCCCCAUCGCCAGCCCCAGAGUAUGGGGGGCAGUGGGAAGGCGCGUGACGCCUUCCCGCUACUCUCCAACCCGGCUUGGAGGGUGGCGGUGGGGGAAAGCAGGUUUUUCCCCAAGAAGGGAGAAGGGACUGUCUAUCCGAGUCCGUCCCUUCUCCCUCCUGUGGGCUUUUGAGGGAGAUGGGGGAAUUACCCCACCUCCAGCAAAAGCAGGCAAAAGCCAUGCACUCUUUAAAGGGGCUGCGCGGCUCCUAUGGGCUCCUAUGGAAUUCCCCCACCUCGUAGAAAAGCCCAUAGGAGCCACGCAGUCUUUAAAGAGCGUGCCGCUCUUGGGGGCUUUUCCCCAAGGAGGGAGAAGGGACUGACUGGCCGUUUCAGUCCCUUCUCCCUCCUGGUCGAAAAGCCCGCAGGAGUCGCACGCGGCUCCUGUGGGCUUUUGCGGGAGGUGGGGGAAUUCCGCCACCUCCCGCAAAAGCAGGAAGAAGGUCUUGGAGUAGCGCACAGGCUGCGUGCAGCCUGUCCGCUGCUCCCAGAGCUGUGGGGGGAGGAUCAUAUUUUUCCCCUUGAUUUCCCCCCCUGAAAACUAGGUGCGUCCUAUGGGCCGGUGCGUCCUAUAGGGCGAAAAAUACGGUACAUUAGAAAAAAUAUACUUCUGAAUCCUAAAGUUUACUGCAUCUACAAGGUGGAGCUUAAGACAGGGACCAACUUCUGCAUUAUUGCAACCAAGAAGUUAAGGAUUGUGGGCAGAUACAUUACUGCAAAUGUUAAUGGCUAUAUGUUGUCUUUCUGAUGAAUCAUCUUCAUAUGGAGAUUAAAUUAAUUGCCAUCAUUUAAAAAUUGAGCAGACUCUUCUUUUCCAGUGAAUGGGAAGCUGUCUUGAGCACCAUUUGGUAGAAAGGUAGGGGUAUAAAUUUAACAAAUAAAUGACAGCAAUCCACCCAAGGAAUCAAAUUUACACAAAUAAAUCAAGUUUACUGUCUAUUGCAAUCUCAUGUUCUGGAAAAGAUGGGGGGGGGCUCACAGUGACCAGUCAGAUAACAGGUGGGAUAUGUAGAAUUUUGUGUUGGAAGGUUUCUUUUCCUUUGGAUUGGGGUUUGUUUGUUUGUUUGUUUGUUUGUUUGUUUCCUUUUUCUUUUCUUUGGUUUUAACUACUUUCCCCUCACUGUAGGACCUGCAGAAUUUGGGUGUUAAAAAAGUCUGUGUGAUGACUGAUAAGAACCUUUGUCGUCUCCCUCCCAUGCAAGCAGUCUUGGAUUCUCUGACAAAAAAUGGUAUAAAUUUCCAAAUAUACGACAAUGUAAGGGUGGAGCCAACAGACCAGAGGUACUACUUUUCUCCUAUAUUUGUGCCACCUGCCCUUUUCUACUUUGCAUCUAAGUUUCUGCAAAAAAGAGACCUUGAGAUCAGGACUUAGCAGCAACAGGGCUUCUACAGCUGUACAACCAAGAUGUUAAAAUGCAGGGGACAGAUGUUUACAUUGUUUCAUGACCUUAAAUAAAUUUACCUAUUUUUGAUUUCACAAAUAAUCUUACAACACUGCAUAGAAAUCUAUGGUUCUUCCCCUCUCCAAUACCAGUACAAUGAUAAUUUAAGGUCUGCGCUGGUUUUCUGUAGCUUCCUUAGCGCAAUUCGUAUACGAAGCCCUAGCCACACAAGUCCAGCAUAUUUAAGAGACCUUCUCCUUUUCAUUUCUUUAUGUUCCACCAGAAUGUCUUAAGAUUGGACAGGAAUCUUGACUAUACUAUUCAUGCAAAAAUUUGUGCUCUAUUGCUAUAAUGCAAUUGUGUAAAACGUCCUGCCCUGUGCACUGAGUGAUGAGUGCUGCCAUUUACAGCAAUGCUGUACAAUGCCUCCUCAGAUGCAAGCCCCACUGAGUUCAAUGGGGCUUACUCCCAAGUAAGUGGGCAUAGGCUUGUGAGCAGAAUUAAAUGUCUGUUGGCAAGGAUGAGAAGAAAGAAAUGAUGGAAGAGAAUUAAAAAAAUUAUCUUAUUGUUCAUUGAGGUUUUAUUCUGAUCAGAUGUUCCAGCAGUAGGACAUCUCUGUGUAAAUGCUCACCAGUGUGCUUUUAUAUAGACCUCCAUUUUUUUUCUACUCCAGGUUUCUGAAUGCUUAAUCAGUUUAAAGCAAGCAAAAUGCAUGCCUGGAUAGCUCAGUUGGUUAGAGAGUGGUGAUGAUAAUGCCAAGGUUGCAGCUUCAAUCCCUGUAUGGGACAACUGCAUAUUCCUGCAUUGCAAAGAGUUGGACCAGCUCAUCCUCAGGGUCACUUCCAACUUGACAAUUCUAUGAUUCUACCAAACCUGAUAAGAGUUUGGAUCAAAUCCAGAACAUGUUAGUUCCUAUUAAAAUCAAGGGGACUUAAGUAGUAGUAGUAGUAGUAGUAGUAGUAGUAGUAGUAAUGUUCCCUGGGCAGUUCCCAACAGAAUAUUAAAAACACGAUAAAACAUCAAACAUUAAAAACUUCCCUAAACUGGGCUGCCUUCAGAUGUCUUCUAAAAGUCAAAUUGUUGUUUAUUUCCUUGACAUCUGAUGAGAGGGCUUUCCACAGGGCGGGCGCCACCACCGAGAAGGCCCUCUGCCUGGUUCCCUGUAGCCUCACUUCUCACAGUGAAGGAACCGCCAGAAGGCCCGCAGUGCUGGACCUCAGUGUCCGGGCUGAAUGAUGGGGGUGGAGACACUCCUUCAGGUAUAGUAUAAUUUUUCACAUUGAUUUCAUUAGGACCUAAAUAUAUCUUAGCCAGGAUCCAACCCACCAACUACUACACAUGUGGAAAUAUUGCUUUCCCCCUACCUCAGCUUUCCUGAACACUGGGUUCCCAAUGCCCUCUUUAUUAGAGGCUCUUAAAACUGCUGUUCAGGAGAAGAAAAAUGGUUUUCAUGCAUGCACACUAAUGCAUGUGCAAUGGAUGGUUUGUGUAUGCUGGGAUCUUUUGUGGUUUUAACUACGUUGUGACCCUCUGUGAGCUGUUGGGUAGAGCAGGGUAAAAUGAACCACAUGUUCUUUUCUUUUCAAGUUUCAUGGAUGCCAUCGAGUUUGCCAAAAAGGGGGAGUUUGAUUCCUAUGUUGCCUUAGGAGGAGGUUCAGUCAUAGACACUUGCAAAACUGCUGAUCUCUAUGCGUCCAGUCCAGAAUCGGACUUCUUAGAUUAUGUCAAUGCUCCCAUUGGAAAAGGCAAGCCUGUCAAAGUUGCUCUCAAGCCACUGAUUGCAGGUAAGGAAAGUUGACAUGAUUGGGUGUGAUUGGGAGAUGAUUGAGCUUGUCUGAUGGUUUUGGUUCUUCGGUUCUCAUUGCAAGGCAGAUUUAGCCCUGCUGAUUGAAAGACUGUCUGUUGGAACUUAAAAUAAUAUGCUCUGAGCCCUUUGGAGAAAGAACAGGCUACUAGUGUGGUAAAUCAAUCAGCUAGAUUAAAUAAAUUCACAUGGGACAAUAGCACUGCCCUCUUGGCAGUGCUGCUGCUCUCUGUGAAGAGCGGUAUUAUUAUUUAUUAAAUGUGUAUACCCCACUUCUUCCGAAGAUCAUAACAUAAAAAUACAAAAUGAGAACACAAAAUAAAUAAUUCCCCCCAAAAAACCCCAAUAACCCUCCUCAUACAAACUCAUUUAAAAGGCCAUAGAGUGUUUAAUCAGCCAAAGGCCUGGUUAUAGAGAAACAUUUUCACCGGAUACCUGGUGUUGGUGCUAGACAAGCCUCCCUGUGGAGAGCAUUCCACGAAUGGGGAGCCAGGAAGAACAGGUCCCAUUCUCAUCCUGCCACCCUCCGGACCACCCUUGUGGAAGGGGUACAAGAAGGGCCUCAGAUGAUGAUUUCAGGGUCAAGAUCAGGACAUAUGGGGAAGGCAGUCCUUGAGGUAUUAAACAGUCCUGAGCCGUUUAAAGCUUUCUAGGUUAAAACCAACACUUUGAAUUGAGCCUGGAAACUAACUGGCAGCCAGUGCAGCUGGGCCAGGAUCCGUGCAAUAUAUUUAAACUGUCUUGUCCCAGUGAGCAUCCUGGCUACCAAAUUCUGCACCAGCUGAAGUUUCUGAACCGUCUUCAGAGGCAUAUAGCGUGUUGCAGUCAUCUAACCUAGAGGUCACCAGAGCAUUGAUGACAGACGUUAGGUUAUCCCUGUCCAGAUAAGGGCACAGCUGGGCCACCAGCCAAAACUGAUGGAAGGCUGAUGGAAAGAUACCAAGUUUGGUGGUAUCAAAAGCUGCUGAGAGGUCAAGGAGAAUGGAUAGGGACACAUUUCCCCUGUCUUUUUCCUGACAGAGGCCUUCAUAAAGGGCAGCGGGGUGGGCGGUAAACCAGCAGAACCCCUAAUCUGUACCAAUUGCCCAAUGCCAGCGAUGGUAGUGUAUGAGAGCCUUCUCUGUGGUGGCCCCCAGAUUGUGGAAUGACCUUCCCACCACCACACUCAGUUUAUUACCACGGUGGUACUGCUCUUUCCAGCAGUUUCCCACCACCCUGAAUUCUUCCUCAAAAUGGAACAUGAUGAACUAGCAGCAGUCCAAGGGGCUGAGGGUAGAGGAAAUGACUGCCAUCACCCAGAAUUUUAAGGGAAGAGCAUUUUAAGAAUCUCCAUUUUUUGUCCCCUCCAUGAAAAUCUCCCCAUUUUGCUGCUUGGGAACUAAGUUUCUAAGUUGAUUUAUGAAGUUGUGCAUGUCCGCAUACACUAAUAAAUUUAAUUUGCUCUUUCCCGAAGUUCCUACCACUGCUGGGACUGGAAGUGAAACCACUGGGGUUGCUAUUUUUGAUUAUAAAGAACUAAAAGUAAAAACUGGUAAGAAUUGUAUGUCUUUGCAUCUGUUGCCAUGGUUCUUUUCUGCAAUGUCAUGGCUUGGUACUGCACCAGAGUUUACAGUAUCCAAGAAGAUUUCCCCCAGCUGAGUAGUAUUUUCUAAUGUAUUAUAAAAUACAUGAUGUGGAAAGCUGCAGCUAAAGUCAUAGCGGGCCAAGAGAUGACCAUACAUUUGUAGAAAACUUUGUGUGACCCCGCUAAGCAGCCUUGUUUCUCCCAACUCACCAAGUAGUGGUGGGAAGGGAAGAAUCAACACUACCUUUUGCAAGCAAAAGCAACAAAGCAGAGAAGUCACUUCCUACCGUCGCUUGCAGACAGCAGCUAUGUGCCUCCCACCCCCUUCAUUGGUGGGGAGGGAAGAUAAAGCUACUUUGCUUCAGAAAGCAGCAGACAUGAAGCUAUGACAACAUCCCAAGUUGGAACCCUAUGCUAGGAAUUUUGACAGGCGGACAAGACAACUCAUCUGUCAAUCAUGUGGUGUCAUAAUGACAUUGUGUGAUUGACAGGUGGGCAGGGCCCACAGGUGAGUGAGUUGCUUGCACCUCCCCUUUCAAUCAAAGGAUCUUCAAGGUAGCUGACAAUAAUUCCAUUAAUGCCAAAAUCAAACCCACGCACUGGCUGAUGGUAAGAGACCAGAGUAUGCUUGCUUCCCUUCAGCUCAGUAAUCCCAGGACUAUUGGCAGAUGGAACAGAGCAUUCUUUCUGGCAGAGAGAGGGGAAGCAAGCUCCCCAAAGCUGCUCCUUACACUACUGAAUGCAUAGGACUGGGUUGGUCACCUCUCUUGCUGUAAUGUUCUUUUGGAACAGCUACCUUCCAGUGGCCCAGCUCUCUUGGUUAAUGGCAGGGGUCAAAGUGUGCUUAUCUCCAUAGCUACUUAAGAUACCGGUGUUUGCUUUUUACAGUUUCACAUUACAGCAAAGGCCCUUGUUUUCAGAGAUUCUUGCUGAGAUUCAUUUUUUUAACAGGUUCUUAAUAAGAAUUCAGCUAAUCUGUUAUUAGAAGUAUGUACAUCUGUGUUUAGGACGCGGGUGGCGCUGUGGUCUAAGCCACAGAGUAUAGGGCUUGCCGAUCAGAAGGUCAGCAGUUUGAAUCCCCGCGGCAGGGUGAGCUCCCAUUGUUCGGUCCCAGCUCCUGCCCACCUAGCAGUUCGAAAGCACAUCAAAGUGCAAGUAGAUAAAUAGGUACCGCUCUGGUGGGAAGGUAAAUGGUGUUUCCGUGCAGUGCUCUUGUUCGCCAGAAGCGGCUUAGUCAUGCUGGCCACAUGACUCGGAAGCUGUCUGCGGACAAACACCAGCUCUCUCGGCCUAUAGAGCAAGAUGAGCGCCACAACCCCAGAGUCGUCCUUGACUGGACCUAACGAUCAGGGGCACCUUUACCUUUUACAUCUGUGUUUAGUUCUCCCCUUUCCCCCUGUUUCUGUGGCAGUUCUAACACUUCGUAUGGUCAGUGUUUUUAAAUAAAUGUUAAUAUUGUUUCAAAAUAGUUUGAGAAAGUCCUUUUUUCAAUAUAUCCAUUUAAUGUAAUUUUCAUGUUUAGGCAUUGCUUCUAGAGCUAUUAAGCCUUUCUUGGGCCUAAUUGACCCUUUGCAUACUCUCCAUAUGCCCAAGCAUGUGACAGCUAAUGGUGGAUUUGACGUGCUCUGGUAAGUAUGUAUGAUAAGUAGUUUCGAUUUUUUUUUUAUUUUGAAGACAUUUUUAUGUUUCUUGGGUGUGGGUAUAUGUUGAUGACCUUUUUUUAAUUAAGCCUUUAAGGGGGGGGAGUCUGACUUAACGUUCCAGUUCUCUGAAUUCCUGGUCCAUUUUGCCCUCUGGACAUUGCCAGGCUACAAACCUUAAACUGGGGAUUUGAGAUAUAAGAAUCAAAUCAGAAUAAUCAAGAACAGUCACUCACUUCUAGUUUUUCAAUGGUAGUGAUUUCCAAAUGCUAAUGGGACAAGCCACAUCAGUUCAGAAUGUUCUUUUUCCUCCUCCCCCAACCAACCUGCCAGCCAUGCACUUGAAUCCUAUACUGCUCUUCCCUACAAUCAGCGCAGUCCUUGUCCUUCAAACCCAAUGAACCGCCCAGCGUAUCAAGGAAGCAACCCUAUCAGUGAUAUCUGGGCCAUCCAUGCAUUACGGAUCGUUGCUAAAUAUUUAAAGAGGUAAGAGUUUUAUUUUAUUAGGGUGCCUAUAAUUUUCUUUACUGAGCCCUGCCGCGGAUUAUUUGGAGGUAGAGAAUUGUGGCAGAGAGAACCGGGCUGCGUCUAAUAACAGGGUUUUGCUUCCCAGGGCAAAUUUUAGAAAGAGCAUGUCAGGAUCAGUUAAGCAACUCAGAUAUACAAAAUUGCAUAACUGAGGUCCCAGUCAUAAAAAGAGAGAGAGGACGUAAACCUCUUCAUGGCACAAAGCGACUAAUUUGAGACAAAUGCAAUGGGAAUCAUGUGCUAGAAGUCAUAGCACUCUCUUCUGACACCUGCUGUGAUCAUUACUAAUAGAUAUUUAAUGAGUUCCACUGAAAAAAGGGUUUUCUCCUACAACACUUGAUUUUGAGCAUUGUCUUUCAUGUGAAAAACUGCUUUUUACAAGGUCAGAUCAUUUGUCCCAUCACCUGAUACCUGCUUGUUUAGAAGUAGAUGUUAGGAAUUGAUCCUGGAACAUUCUGCAUUGCAGACAUGUUUUCUACCACUGAACAAGAGUCCUUUCCCCAACCAAGUAGGGUUUUUGCCUAUGAAACCAAUGGCACAAUAAACCAGUUGACCUCAUAGCCUCCUGCAGUGCAAUUUGCCUUUUGAAUAACAGACUUGCGUUCCGCACAGAGCCAUCAGGGAUCCAGAAGAUAAAGAAGCCAGGGCCAACAUGCACCUGGCAAGUGCUUCUGCUGGCAUUGGCUUUGGAAAUGCUGGGGUACAUCUUUGGUGAGUUGAGAACAAUUUUUAUUGCCCUCACAUAACUGUUGUCUUUUUUGUUCCAUUAAAUGCAAUAAAAUGUGAAUGCGUUGUCCAUGGGGAGGGCAUGAUCAGUGCUAGUUACAGUGUUCUGUCCAAUGUGGCCUUUCCAUUGUCAAGCAAAAGUGCUUAAAACUGGGCUUUAGCAGUUUAAAAUAUGCUUAAAUGUAUAAUGCUCUAUCUAUCUAUCUAUCUAUUUCAUUCAUUAAUUCCUUCAUUCAUUCCUUCAUUCAUUAAAUGUAUAUCCCAUCCUUCCAAAGGAAGCCAAGGCAACUCUAUAUACCACCCUAUACCCGAGGGUCUCAGGGCAGUUCACAAAAUAAAAUCAAGAUAUAAAACCACAAAAUACAUAAUAAAAAUAAAAACAACAGCCCAAUAGCCCCCCCCCAGAAAAGCCACAUUUAAAACAGCAUAAUUAACAAGAGAAUAAAAUAUUAUCAUAAGCAUGACAUGGAUGUUUGGCAGGCACAAAAAGAAUCCAAUAUUUAGGAUUUGUUAUCAGGCAUAGCAAUGUCCCUGUGGCAUAGCUGUCAACGUUUCCCUUUUUUAAAGGGAAAUUCCCUUAUUCCGAAUAGGAUUCCUCGCAAGAAAAGGGAAAAGUUGACAGCUAUGCCCUCUGGUCUCCCCAGGAGUAUUGCCCCAGUAGAGCUGGGCGAGUCUGGGCCCCGCCAACUAGGCCAGGUGGAAAAGGCCUUUCAGGAAGCAGCCUUCACAACUCACAGCCAGGCGAUGUGAAAAAGGAGGUACCUUUUUUCACAUGUGGUGGUCUUGUAAUAAGGUUAAAGCUUACUGGGAAAUGAUUAUAAUGAAUUGAAAAAGAUGUUUGAGAUAACAUUCAUAUAAAAAAAAACCCGAGAAACUUUUCUCUUGGGAAUUAUAGGAUUAGAACUACCCAAACAGUAUAGAAAUUUAUUUACGUAUGCAACUACAGCUGCAAGAAUGUUAUUUCCCCAAAAGUGGAAGGAUGAAGAGGUCCCGAUGAAAGAAGAUUGGAUACAGAAACUGAUGGUGUAUACAGAAAUGGUGAAACUUGCCGGAAUAAGAAAUCAAGAUUCUAAACUUUUUAGAAAGGAAUGGAAGUGGUUUACUGAGUAUUUACAAACAAACUGUAAACAGAUCAAGACACUGGCAGGAUUAUUGUAAAAACCUGCAAUUUAAAAAAUAUAUAAGAGAAUAGGCAAUUAAAAGAAGACGUUAAGGCAAUUUGGAGUAAGCAGGAAAGGACAAAGAUAAAUGUAAGGAACCGCAGAAAGAGGGGGAAGGGAGCUGAAAUUGAAAAUGUUAAAACUUGAUUAAAUAAUUGUUGCAAUGCAUAUAAAUGAAAAUUAUAAAUAAAAAAUGUAAUAAAAGAAAAGAAAAAGAAGCGCUGAUCUGUCUUCCCCAUACAUAACCUGUAUCCACUACAUGCAGAGGAUACCAUUUGGAUGAGCAGCUACUUCACAUGUGAAAAAGGGUAUAACCCUAUUUGUCUCCAGAAUGAGAAAUGUAGGGAUAUUUGCUUGUGCAUUCAGGUGCAAAUGGUUAUCAACCUCCUCCUAAAUUAGCUUCCACAUACUUGCAUACGACACUUUUGGACACCCAAGUAAUUCUGGAUUGGGGACUUUUUCCCUUGUGUUGUUGUUACGAAAGGGUCAUUGCCAAGGUGCCACUUAACCCCUUGACCUAACUAAGACACCAGCAAUGUCAGAGAGGUAUUCAUAAACCUCUUAGUGACUCUCUGAACCUCCUCCAAACAAUUAUAUUCAAAAUACUGUUGAGUAUUUUCUGGUUGCUUGUAGAGUUUAUUUAUGUUCCUACCUUUUCAUACUAAAACGAAGGUUUUCUUUCCCUCUAGCCAUGGCAUGUCUUACCCUAUUUCUGGCUUGGUGAAGAAUUACAAAGCAAAGGAUUACAAUGUGGACCACCCUUUAGUGGUAACUACUUAAUGCACUUAAUUUGCCUGAAAAUGAUAUUGCUGUUACUUUCAGCACUGAACUUUGAACAAUAUAGGUUGCCUGGUUAAUGCAAGCUGUGCUUUUCUUUCCUGCAGCCGCACGGUCUUUCCGUUGUCCUCACGUCCCCGGCAGUGUUUACUUUCACAGCCCCUAUGUGUCCAGAGCGUCACUUGGAGGCUGCACAGAUAAUGGGUAUGAUUCUGUUGAUAAAAUGUGAGAGUACAUGCUUUCGAGGUUGAUAGGCAAGAUGUCAUUCAGCCCUUCCAGGAUCUGCACCUUUUUUAUGUCUAAUGCAACCGACAUGCAAUAUUAUUUUGUUUGAGGUAUAAGGACUGGUAUAAGGAGCUUUGGUAGGUUUGGGUUUUUUUAGAACCAAUGUCAUCCCCUCCCCUCCCCAUUGUAGUGGUAUUUCCCCCAGUGGAUGGGCACAAGCUGCUCCUAGGUGUGGAUCAGAAGCUGGGGUGAGGUUAAAGUGGGUUUGGGUGCAGAAGAGCAGCAAAUCCACCUUAAAUGUACAAGCUGAAUUUGCCAGUAUACAAUUGAAUCUCACCCACCAAACAGCAACAGUUGGGAAUUGGACUCAGCUAAUGUGUCAGAUUUACUGACAAGCAAAAGAAGUCAGGAUUUGUAUAUUUUUAAAAAAGGAAUCUGUUGAUUUAUCCCUUAAAAAAGAAGAAACAAGCACCGACUCAGGGUGCUUCCAGACAAGGGAAUAAUACUAUAGUGGGGUCACUGCCGUUGGUUUUUUUUUAAUCAUGGGGUAAAUUUGAAUAAAAUGGAGGUGUGGGGAUAUGGGCAAUUUUAGUCUAAUUAUGUUGUGUGGACACCGAAAUACAGUGGUACCUCGGGUUAAGAACUUAAUUCGUUCUGGAGGUCCAUCCUUAGCCUGAAACUGUUCUUAACCUGAAGCACCACUUUAGCUAAUGGGGCCUCCUGCUGCUGCUGCACCGCUUCUCAUCCUGAAGCAAAGUUCUUAACCCGAGGUACUAUUUCUGGGUUAGCAGAGUCUGUAACCUGAAGCGUAUGUAACCCGAGGUACCACUGUAUUUACUUGCAUGAGGAGCACAUGUUUCGCAAUAAACACCUGUCUGGAAACACCCUCUGACUCAUAAAGGUUAGCCUGGACAGUUUUGAUAUCGCAAACAUCAAUGUGUGAUUCCUGGAUUCCACUGAUUUCAUUACAAUGACCUUCCUGUCCUAUAGGUGUUUUGUGCUCAUCAGAAGAAUUAGUGAGCGCAAGGGGCCCACAAUCCUAACUUCAGUCUGCAUGUACUUUCCUCUCCAGAGAUAAAUCAGCUACGUGCAGCAGGGUAGAAAAGUGAUUCCUCUCUCCAGUGCAGCUUGUCUGGGCAGUCAUAGGAUCCCACUGCUACAGCGAGAGUUGUUGUAAGAGCAUCUGCCUUAAGCAAUACUUAGUGAACACACGAUAAAAAUGCUAAGAGUGGCUACACCUCUCAUGGGUCACUCACAGUCUUUGUGUGUUUUCCACAAUCUAUUGUCACCUAUCAGACUGAUGGUAGUAAAAGCAUAAUGGGCAGAACAAUUGGUUCUCAUGCCAGUUAACUUGUUUUUUUGUUGCUGAUGCUCUCUUCCAGUUUAGAUCUAUAUCAUAUUUUUAGACUCCUUUAAUUGAGAAAUAGUUUCAUUCAGUUUAUUUCAUUUCAUUUUUAGAGAAAUGACUGCUUUGUGUGCGCAUGCGCGUUUAGUAUAUUCAGCUACUGCUACAGCUGAGGGGUCUCUCUUUAUUUCCUCAAAGUUCCUCUCUUUAUUUUAGGUGCUGACAUCAGCACUGCCAAAACCAAAGAUGCGGGUCUUGUUUUGGCAGACACUCUCCGGAAAUUCUUAUUUGAUCUGAACGUUGAUGAUGGCUUAACUGCUCUUGGUUAUUCUAAUGACGAUAUCCCUUCCUUAGUCAAAGGUACCCUUCCUCAGGUAAGACAGGUGGCAAAGACCAUUUCUCCUAAAAUAAAACACUUACCUUUUUUUUAAAAAAUCAUUUCUUUUUAAGAUGUGAAUAUAACAGAUGGAAUAUCCUUAUUAGUAAUAUCAGUAAGAGAUGCUUAUAGCAGUCCUAACCUAAACAUACAGUAUACAUUUGUAUAGGUAUCAAAACUGAUACUUAUAAGCCACACAUUCGAACAUACUGACAAAUGUAGAAAGGGCAGUGAAAUGUUCAGACCACUGGUGGAUGUUGAUCCUUCCAUCCUUGCAAUAUAGUUAAGUCACUCUGCAACCAUAAGGGCUCAGAGGAUUAAAAUAAAACAUUUAAUGUAAAUGUUUCCUUUCUUGGCUUUGUUUCUCUGGCAGCAAACAAGUAACAAUUGGAUAAAAUCCAUAAUCCACAAUCCAUUUUUUUUAUGCUAUGCAGAGCAUUCGUAGUACAGUGGUACCUCUGGUUACGUACUUAAUUUGUUCCGGAGGUCUGUUCUUAACAUGAAACUGUUCUUAACCUGAAGCACCACUUUAGCUAAUGGGGCCUCCCACUGCUGCUGCACCGCCGCAGCGCGAUUUCUGUUCUCAUCCUGAAGCAAAGUUCUUAACCCGAGGUACUAUUUCUGGGUUAGCGGAGUCUGUAACCUGAAGCGUAUGUAACCUGAAGCGUAUGUAACCCGAGGUACCACUGUAGGAGGCAGAGACUUCUUCUUUUUAUAUUGACUUUUCUCCACACAUUAUUUUGUACAUUCUCUAAGAAGGAACUACUAAUAAACAGGUUUAUCCUCAGAAACCAGCUGUGCACUGCACUGAGUUUUUGGUCUCUGAUUAGCUUGGAGAUGUGAAGACUUCCUCCCAAAUUCAUUGUGCAGAAGAUUUCAUAUAUAGAAUUGUGUCAAACGAGGGGUGGAGAACUUCAGUCCUGUGAACCAAAUCAGGCCUUCCAGGACUCUCUCUUGGCAAUUUCCCCUUCAUACCCAUAUGAAGCCAUACCCUUUAACAGCCCUGUUCCAUUCUUUUCUUGGGUGUUUUUGCCUGGCUGGAAUUUGUCUUUGGACCGUGAUAAUAAUACCUAUACCUUACCUGGAUGGAAGAUGGGAGAGUGUGUUUGUGUGUGUAGAAACCUCUGACUUACUUGUGGCUUGAAUGCAGUCUACUGUAUAAAGGUUAGUCUGUUGCUCCUCACACUUUUGCCUCUGGCCUUGACCACCACUGUUCUCCAUGUUCUCCAUGAAGGAGUGUGUCUGUCAGACUGAAAAAGGAUCUCCACCCUCUUUUAAACUGUAGCAAGGCAUAUGCUCCAACCAGUUACUAAGUUGUUAAAGAACUUUCAGCCUUAGUCAUCAGUGUGUACUCAACUGUUGAUGAUUGCCAAAACCUUUACAUAAUUCAAUUUAUUUUUUGUUUUUUGUUUUUUUUUUAAGGAAAGAGUGACUAAAUUAUCUCCCCGUCCUCAGACUGAAGAAGAAUUAUCUGCCCUUUUUGAAGCUUCCAUGAAACUGUAUUAGAUGUUCUUUUUAAAAAAGAAUGCUUUCUUCAAUUGCAUCUAACUCGUAUGAUGCAAUUCAACUCAUGACUGUCAUAUGAAUGAGUGUAACUCCAUAUUCUAAAUUGAAGAAAUCAUGCCCAUUUCUACAUAUAUUUGCAAGCCGGAAUAUUUCUGUUUCUUUUAUUGGUGACUGGAACUAAUCACUAACCCUAACCCUUGCCUUCCUAAGAACUGUACAGUAAUUCACUUCCUAGCAUGUCACAUGAAGUGGUCCAGAUAUCACAGAUACAAAAAUAAAACUUUACAAGUUCAGAAAGUGCCAUCCUCUACAGCCACUUCACAUUCAGAACUCCCUUUCAUACAAAGGAUGCUUUGUGUUUUUUAUGACUGCCUUGAACUCUUGGCUCAAUGAGACUGCUACCCACCCAUUCUGUGUAAGGACUCUUUUAUGGCCAAAUACCGGAUGUGGGUCUGUAAGUCAAUUUAUUGCUUGUAAAAGAGGUUGGGAGGAGGUGAAAUGCUUUCUGCUUACCCCAGAUCAGUGUAUCACUCAGCUAAUAGGCAUGCAAACUUCAAUGUCAAUAUAUGUCCACACUCUCUCGGAGAGCUUUUGCGGCUCAGACUUUUCCAUGGGCUCUUAGGUCAAAUGAGAGAAGGAGAGAAGGAAAAAGAAAGCAUAAUUGAAUUGUCGGUGAUUAAUAAACACACACAACUGCCACCACUACACUUCUUUUGCCUCAGAAAAACCCAAUUUUAGGCAGCAGCUCAAGAUGAGUUAGGGAAUAUACACAUUACAAGAUUGAAGGGCUUUGUCACAGACUAAGAAAUGAAAUGAAGGGAUAUCUAACUGUUUAUGUUGAACAUCCUCAAGAAACAAAUAGCUCUUAAAGCCACGAUAGCUGUAGCAAUUUGAUGCUGGUUUAAAUUUGGGGUAAUAGAUCUUUUCUUAUUUACUGUUGUAAGGCAGGUUCACAUGUGAAAGUACAUAUGUACAGUAUGCACUAUCCCUAACAAGUCAUGAAACACUGAGGGCCAGCAGCAAACCUGAUUGCCAUUGGCUAAAUGUUCGCAGGAAGUUGUAAGAGCCAAUUCUAGCUCUCUAAGAAGAGUACCUUUACAGAUCUGUGCACAUAAUUUUGCUAAUGUAUCUGUCCCAACUACUCCUUACAUUUUCACAAGAACCUCUUAAAAAUGUACUCUGUGUGGAGCAGAUUUCCAACCAGACUUACCCUGAGAAGGGGCUUGUUUUGCUUAAAAGUCUCAUCCACAUGGAGCAGUGAGGGCCCUCUGUUAGUCACCUCACUGACCUUUGAGCUGAAUGUUGUGCUUUUAAUGAGAUACACAAACUUGAAUGUUGGUCCCAGAGGCCUUAAGUUCACUACUUGGCAUUCAGAUGCUGAUUUACAGCUGCAGCUAAAAUGGGUAACACAUCUUAAAGAUUGAUUGAUUGUCAGGGUCGCCAGUGUGCGGCUGCCCCCUCUCCAUUGUUGUGUCACUUGCUUCUCGGCCCUCGAAGGGCACCAGCCAUUGUCUGACAUAGUUGGUGUUGCUGUGGACACAGCUUAGAAUCUGACUCCUGCACUGCGUUUAUAUCUUCGUCCUUCAGAGAAAGAACUGCUACAAUACAAAACUGAGAUUGGAAAUCAUGGCUGCUGCUCUCUCUUUAGGCACAAAAGCAGGGGAAAUAAAGGAGAUUUUCAGUCAUUUGAUUAAAAAGAAACACAAAACAUUUUCAUCUCUAGAUUACAAAAUUAGAUUCUUGGUGCUGGCUCUGCAGUACUUUAAUUGUACAAACUAAGACCUGGGAGACCUGGGUUCAAAUCCCCACUCGGCCAUGAAGCUUACUGGGUGACUUUGGUCCACUCACUGCCUCCCAGUCCUAGCCUACCUUUCAAGGUUGUUGUGGGGAUUAAUUUAGGAGGGGGAGAACCAUGCACACCGUCUUGAGUUCCUUGGAGAAAAAAGGUGUGAUAUAAAUGCACUUUUAUAAAUAAAAUAAUAUUCUUCUCUUCUCAUUAAAUACACAAUGCCAAACUUGUGUUCAAAGUUAUGCCUUAAAAUCCUGGGUUUGCUUUGCACAAUUUUUCUUUUCAAUGGUUUAAUUGUGCAACACUUCAGUUCACAGUCCCAGUCCAAAAAUAUCUGCACUUUAUCCUUAUCAUACCGACAAGUUAAUAGAAGUAGGCUCAGGUAGCUCAGUAAGAAUCAGAUUUACUGUUAUGCAACUGAGUAUGAAAUCCAAUGAGAAUGAUACAAUUAAAGACUUAGAUUUGAUAACACACCCUGCCUGUUGGAAGGAUAUCAGAUGGUGGCCUAUUCUCUUUAGAUAGUUGCUGAUGAUUUUAAAUCAGGACCAAUGGCAGUAGUUUGCAUAGUUAAUGGGGCAGUUCUAGGUUUCAGAUAUGUCUGGAGGCAACAGGCCAUGGAAGCCAUUCUCUCUCAUUCUUGAUGGGUUUAUAAUUAGUUAUGCGAACGCCUCAAAUGUCCAGAGGUCCUUCAACAUUCCUUCAUUUUGUUCAACUCUGACAGUUAAAAUAUUUCACUGAGCUUGGUUCAACUUUAACAGAUUCUGUUCUAAUGCGUGAGAAUUUUUCUUUACAGCAAUAUAAUUACCUGGAAAUAAAAUACUUCAUCACAUGUGAAGGGGGUUUCACAGUAGGAGGAGCAACAGGACUGUACUUCUGGCUCCACCCCUACAGUUCCAAGCCCCACCCCCUGACAUCUGCACAUAGAAUAAAUAUUUGAAUUCAGGAAGCCCAUACGCAUAUAUUUCCCCUAUGCAGGCAUGGUGGGGCAAGGGUUAGGGUUACCAUGUGAAAGAUUACAUUCCACCAAUGUAAUGGGUAUCAUGACCCCACCAAAAAGUACCAAGAACAUAAAGCAAGAAUGUGGAUAAUAAUUACUUAAUGGUGGCCUUCAGUGCAGGAAAAGCUUAUAAACACUACAGGGGUGUGGGAGAACAGUUCAGCAGGUAGGUUACAGCAUCCUCUUUCUGAGUUACGUAUUCAUCAACUGUUUCACCAGACAUUUUCUUUCCACCUCAAACAAGAGGGGAACUAAAAUAUUUAUCUUCAUACAUGGAAAGAUAAAUGUGGUUUGUAUAUUUGCAAUAAAAUGUAACUUUUUAAAAGUUUUAAAAUAUUUAAUAUAUAGAAACCACCAUUAUAUUGUGCCAGAUAGAGAAAUUCUGCAUGGCAAAAUUUUAAUGGAAGCAGAUGUUCUUUUCUAGGGUUAUCUUCUUUAAGGAGUAUCCAAAAAUUAGCAGGUGGGAGAAUAGACAUUUUGUUUCAGCUUUCUAUUUUUGCUUGUGGGUCAAUGUGGAUCAUUUUUCUGACCAUUUGUAGACGUUUGAAAUCCCUGCUACCUAUCCCCCUCUGCUCAGCUCGCUGCUGAAUAGAUGGUACCCUGAUCUUUUUAUUGGUUGGUAAUGGAUUUGGUUUGAUUGCUUGACACAAGAACAAUAGAAGGAUAAACAAUUCCAUUUGUGGCCAUGAAAUUCCCCAUCUGUUUAGUGUGUUUGUGCCCGGGACAAACUGGACGGAGACAGAUGAACUAGCCAGCCGAGUCUGAUGUUAAUGACAUCAGUCAUACAAGCAGAACAUGUGGCACAAUAAAUCAAAAACUAAUUGAACUUGGGGCUGAUUAUAUUGAUUGCUCCCUGAACAUUUUAAAUACUCCAGUGUUUUCUAGAACAACAGCUUUUAUCCCCCUCCCCAACAGAUUUGGUACCAUGGGACAGUUUGGAAACAAGUGGCACAAAUCCUGUACUGGAUUUGGUCCUGCUUUCUUUGUGAGUCCACAACUCUCAUAUAAAGCAAGGACUAUAGUAUUUGGCUCAGGCUCAUGAGUUGAAUGUUGAUGUCCUCCCUUUAAAAUUCUAUUGUAUUGUAGUAGUGGCAGCAAGUUAUAUUUCCAGGACAUCAGGCCCCUGGGAUUGCUAAUACCUGCUACAGUUUCUGACCCAGAAUAGCUAGACUAACCCUGUAUGUGCAUUUCACACACCUACAAACAAAAAAAGUGCUUUUGUGUGUGCUUAGGUGACAACUCCUCAACCACUAUUUUAAAAAGACCCUUUCCCAAAAGAUUAAUAUAACAUUUACAAGACUAUCUGGUACACUCAUCACUGUGGUAUUCCCACAAUGAAAAUGCUAAACCCAGGCACCUGAAGUGAAUUUAUUCUUGAUGACAUAAGAAUCAAAUUGGGGGAGGGAGGGGCAGUGAUUUUGGUGGGCCUAACUCCUGAGUAAGUGGGUGUAGCGUUUCACCUGGUGUCCGUUAUUGGUUUGGGUUUUUUUGUUUUUGCAAGAGCUCAACACCUCAGCAAACCAGGCCACCUAUUAAAAGAGCUAAAUGUAGAUUUGAGUGCUUAAGUCCAAGCAUCUAUAUUUGAAAACGUUGAUCUCAGAGCUGAAAGGCCUUAUCCCACUGCCUUGUGAAACAAGAAACAUUUUUAAGUAAAAUAUGUUCUUAUUGCAGCAUGUAUUGGGUGUUUUUUUUAAUUUUCCAUUUAGAAAAUUAUUCUAUGUUUAUUUUUUUAAUGAGUAUAUGCCUGGCUCUGUCACUCCCACAAAUCUUGUAAACCAUCCUGUGAUCUUUGGAUGAAGGGUGGCGUAGAAAAU